AUGGAUAAGCCAGAGGAGUGUAGCCACAGCGUGCCACCAUCUCCCACUCUCGGACUGCGCUCCAAAAGGUUCGGUCGAGUGCUGUAUUGUGUCACGCCUUCAAAUCGUGAACGGGAAUCUGAACCACAAUUACAGAAUGAAGGAGUAACAGAUUCAUCUGAACCAGACAAAUUGGCUAAAACUCGUAAACAAGAAGGAUGUGAACACGGCCCGGAUUGUUGUUGCUAUCUGUCUGAAUCCAUGUCGUCGUCCGCUGGCAGUCAAGGCGAUACCGAUGGCACUCAUACUGAAACUGAACCAAUGAUUGAAGAAGAAGAAGCAGCUGGCGAAUUGAGUGAGAGCAGUCGUACAUGUUCCAGUCUGAUUUUGGCACGCGAACAAGGUGAAUCUGCCGCAGUUGACAGUCCGAUCGAAAUAUCUAAAAGGGUUUAUUCACAGCGUCAAACUGAGUUUAGCUCUUCCAGACAUUUGGAAGUUUCGAGGCGUAGUGAGUCUUGUAGUGAUGAGCGCAAUCGGCGCGGUCUUUCUUCCAAGGCAAGGUCCUGUCGCCCUCCCCGAGCACAAACCCAUGAUCGGCUGGCAAAAACGGGAAUUAGUGAUCCCAUGGACGAAGGUUAUCGUGGUGAAUGGCCAGCACCGAUUCCUUUCCGAUACGGCCCAAGUUCUCAUUCUACCAACCAUCUGACUAUGGACACAGUCAGUGUAUUCAAGUAUCGAAUCAACUAUCCUAACCUGAUGCGAUGGUCUUAUCAAUUUAUACAUUUGUAUGCUAAGUGGCAAAAGGAGGGUACCUUCACGGAUGAACCUAAUACUAAGAUCCUUAUAGAACCAAAUAUAUUCGUGGAUGAAGUACUGAAAAAACGUGCACAAAAGGUUAAACAGAUGGUUGUAAACAGUGAAGAUCACGUGGUAUUCCAAAGCGUGAAACAAUCUUCAACAGCCGCUGCUACGGUUUCGCCUACCCGUUUGUUGAGAAAUCAGUUGUGGAAACGGCGAUACUAUGCUCUACUAAACGCAGUAGAUUUUGUCUACAAGGAUUAUCAAUUAUUACAUUACGUAUCAAAGGAAGGUUUGUUCACCUUUGUCUCUACACCUCCUGUACUCCCGUCCGGUGCACUUCGUUCUACCGCAAAAUAUCUGUCCAACGUUUGGCCGUCACACAUUAAUGCAAUUCAAAAUUUGGCUACUGUUGGAGCCGAUCCAGCUGGACAUCUAUCUGAGCGAGUUACACAAGUGUUGCUGAAGAGAGCCAACGUAGACGGCAAGCGUGUACAACGGCCGUUUGAUUGGCCUUGUUUGUUUCAAAUUUCAGUCGCUUUUUUGAGUGAUGUUAUGGCCCAAGGUCGUAUUUUGCGUUGCGAUCUGGAUCGGCGACUGGCUGUUUACGAUCGUCUCAUUUACGUCCUAAGUCAAGCCAGAGAACAACGCGCUAAGUUGCGACUACAUGUAUCUAGACAACGGGAGUUAUUGGAAUCCUUGGCAUCCAAUCUGUGCGCGAUUCAGAAACAAUUAUCCAUUCGUUCUCCCCUGCUAGAUCGACCGGCUUCUAUUCGAGACGGAUUGUCCAAUGAUAUCACUAGUCCAUUAGUCGAGUACGAAAUGUCUCCGCAUACUGUUUGUCGUUCUGGUAACCUCAGAGAAAAGGAUUACAAAAUUAAGGAAGAGAAGAAUAAGCAAGCCAGUCCUGAACGGAACAAGCCAGACUAUUUGCAUCGUCGGACAGAAAUUUAUGCAGAAAUUUCCAAUUUGGAGCGUGUAUUACGUGAGGAAGAAGUGCGACGUAAGCGUAUGCACAAUCGAAUUCAGGAAUUAACUGGAAAUAUUCGCGUGUUUUGUCGUCUUCGUCCAGAUGAUAGCUUGUCCAAUAAUCAGUAUUUACGUGUGAGCUCUAAUGACAAAUUGCUAUUUUGUUCGGACACUUUGAAGGAUCAAUUGCAGGAACGAAAACCUACAAUUCCCUUUGCAUAUCAUGGGAUGCGUACACUAACUAGUGGAUCUACAACCACGGGAAUUGGGGCUAAUGCGGUUUGCAGUGGAACAGGUGUGGGAACUUCCUCUGGGAUAAGUUUUGGAGCACCGAAAUGUUUCAUUUUCGAUCGUGUGUUCGGUCCACGGGCCUCGCAAACAGAAGUCUAUCAGGAAGUGGAUGAUUUGAUUGUUUCCUGUAUUGAUGGAUACAACGUUUGCAUUAUGGCUUAUGGACAAACUGGAAGCGGGAAGACAUACACAAUGAUGGGUACAGAAGAGGAACCCGGAGUAAAUAGGAGAGCUAUUCAAAGUCUGUUUGAACACUGCGACCGACGUAAACAUUGGAAAUACUCAAUUUUUGUCAGUGUAGUUGAAAUUUAUCAAGAAGAUGUUUUUGAUUUAUUAGAGGAUGCAAACGAAUCAGCUGAGCGCAGUACAGGUUUGCUUAGCUCAUCCACUCAAACCCGUUCAAGUCCGACUACAGGACAAAUGUUUCGUAAAACUGGUCGAGAAUCCGGGUGUGGCAGGUGGAGACAACCACCAAAUCAGUCUUCUGUGCCGUGGAACACAUGGACUAGCCGAGGGCCGUCCACUCACUCAUCCGGUCUCGGUUAUUUCACUGGAAAAACUCUACGACGUCGUGGUUCUGUGCGCAUUCUUUCGGAUCAGUUAGACGGAGUAGUUUUGCAAAAUUUACAUGAACGUCCGGUUCAUGACGAGACAGAGAUGUUGUACUACUUACAUUUGGCAGAGAAACAACGUCGUGUAGGAUCAACUCGAUUAAACAUUUGCAGUUCCAGAUCCCAUCUGGUCAUUCUUUUGAAGGUGAUUGGGGAACACCAGUUUCACAUGACCACAAGCCGUGGAACACUGACUUUAGCUGAUCUGGCUGGUUCGGAGAAUGUGACCAAAUCCGGUUCGACUGGAGAACGAUUUCUCGAAGCGGCAUGCAUCAAUAAAUCGCUGAGUUCACUCGGUCGUGUGUUCGAUGCGCUUCGACGUCAACAAAAGCCGACCUAUCGAGAAACAAAGCUAACCUAUCUGCUCCGACCGACACUCAGUGGAGAAUCAAAGUGUCUACUGUUUGUGGCAUUGCGUACCGAACCAGAACAUGCUGAAGAGACUUGGAGAGCAAUACACUUUGGUCAGGGAGCAUUGCAAGUGGUUCCUGGCGGUGGGAACGGAGGUGGUGUUUCAAUCACCAGCACAAUUAGUGCGAACUUCGAAUCAGACAGAUCAGUGACAAAGUUUUCCGGCCCCGUAUCGGGUCCGGUAACUUCGUUUUCAUAUGCAUCCGGUGGACUGAUGAUGAGUCCGGCUACAUUGCUUCACUCGAUCCGGGGCAACACGCAUCGAACCAGAUCAAGAGGUAAACCAAAAGCUAAUGCACGAAAUUCUUCCUCAUCUAAUGUGGUGAGCUAUCUGCCUCAAUCGGUUUAUAGUAUGGGACCAGCAAUCACAAAACGUGGCUGGCGUAAACGUACGACUACUCCUGCAGAUUUUUCCUUGCGUCUCGACUCGGUAGUUCAUUGCGUGCAAGUACCAGUGUGGUCCGGUGCCUACGCCUCGUCCGUGAUUCGUAUUCCGUGA